CCAGAAUCGAAAGGAACGCCAUGUCGGUGGACUUUGAAGCGCCGUGGGUGGAAAAGUACCGCCCGACGACGCUGUCGGAGAUUGUAGGCAACUCGGAGACUGUGAGUCGGCUGCGUGUCAUCGCAAAGGAAGGGAACAUGCCGAACAUCAUCAUCAGCGGCCCGCCCGGGAUCGGGAAAACCACGUCGAUACUGUGUCUGGCGAGGGAUCUGUUGGGUGAUGCGCUCAUGAAGACGGCGGUGCUGGAGCUCAAUGCGUCCGACGACCGUGGGAUCGACACGGUCCGCAACAAGAUCAAGAUGUUUGCCAUGCAAAAGGUCACGCUGCCACCCAACCGGCAAAAGAUCGUGAUCUUGGACGAAGCAGACUCAAUGACAACCGCGGCACAGCAGGCGCUCCGUCGAACGAUGGAAGUCUUUAGCAGCACGACACGGUUCGCUCUCGCAUGCAACAACUCGACCAAGAUCAUCGAGCCGAUUCAAAGUCGGUGUGCAAUCCUUCGGUACACUCGUCUCAAAGACGACAUGAUUCUCGAGCGCCUUAUGCACGUGUGCGACGCCGAGAAGGUUGGGUACAACCACGACGGCAUGGAGGCCCUCAUUUUCACGGCGGAAGGCGACAUGCGCAACGCGCUCAACAACUGCCAGGCGACAUUCAGCGGGUUUGGCUACAUCAGCGACGUCAACGUAUUCAAGGUGUGCGACCAGCCGCAUCCGACCGUCGUGAAAGAGAUCAUCGACGCAUGCAUCCAAGGCGACAUUGUUCCAGCGGAGAAGGCCAUGAUCGCGCUGUGGAAAACCGGGUACUCGGCCCUCGACAUCAUCGGCACCGUCUUCCGCGUUGCCAAGAGCGCCGAGAUGGACGAAAGCCUCAAACUCGACUUUGUCAAGUUGAUCGGACAAGCACACAUGUGCGUUGCGGACGGCUUGACGACCGUCGUCCAACUGCAUGGGCUCGUCGCGCGGCUGUGCGCGGCGGCCGUCCAAGCCAAGAAGGCCCACAAGACGAAAGCAUGAGGUGUCUUGGAUCGAAACACUAAUCCAACCUGUGCAUCCUAUCUCA